ACGUCUGCGUGUUGGGAUAGAUGACCCUUAGGGGUCUCAUCCAACUCUCCAAUUCCACGAUCUGUUCUCCUCCUGCGCUUUCCAGCAACCGGUAUUCAGACCGCAGGUGCGCACCGACACACCUCCGCGCAGACUUUGGCCCCGGGUUUUACGACGGGCAACCUUUCGAACGCGGGUCACAUCAAGAGCAGGCGAGCUUCAGGGGGUCAGCAGUGGUGGCAAAGAGAGCACUUUCUCAACCCUGACGUGGUUUGGAAGGGGGGGAGAGGAGAAAAAAAGCUUUCUGCUGAUCCUAUAGGCAAGUUGCCGCUUUGGGAGGGCGGGGGGAGAAGUCGCCUCUAUAUGCUCCUUUACUCAGAAUGCAGCCGCUUCUGGGGCAGAGUCCACGAAGAGCAAAAGAGCCGUAUAGGGACGCUGCUCUGUGCUGGCGGUGAAUUCAUGGGUCUCCUUUACUGAAACGGCAUGAGCCCCCGGGUAUAUUCCGAGCCCCCAGAUGGCGGCUGGGGCUGGGCAAUCGCCCUGGCGUGUUUCACGCAGUCCGCCCUGGUCUUUGGGGUGACGCGGCCUUUCGGCGUCUUCUUUGUGGAGUUCAUGGCCUAUUUCGAGGAGCCAUCGAGCGCCACAUCCUGGAUUUCGUCCAUCACCGUGGCCACGUCGAAAUUCACCAGCCCCCUGGCAGGCGCCCUGGCCACUCAGUACGGAGAGCGUCCCGUCGCCAUCGCAGGGGGGCUCCUUUCGGGCCUCGGCUAUUUCCUCGCCUCCUUCGCCACCAGCCUGGCACAGCUCUAUAUAUUUAUUGGUGUGUUCACAGGAAUCGGAGGCACCUUUGCCCUCUGGCCCUCCCUGGCCUUGCUGUCGCGGUACUUCGAGCGCCGGCGGCCCCUGGCCACCUCCCUGGCCCUCUCGGGCGCCGGCGUGGCCUCCCUGGCCCUCUCGCCCUUCUUCCAGUUCCUGGUGGACCUCUACGGCUGGCGCGGGGCCCUGCUGGUGGUGUCCGGGAUGGUCUUCCACCUGGUGCCGUGUGGAGCCCUGCUUCGCCCCCUCACCUUGCCCAAGGACGACGGUGCCCUGGCAGCGCCACAAGAGCGGGAGGAGAGCUGGCGCCGGAGGCUCUCGUCCCUCUUCGGACUCUCUCUGCUCCGCCACCGAGGCUUCGUGACCUACACCUGCUCUGGGGUGCUGAACGCGGCCGGGUUCUUCGUCCCCCUGGUCCACCUCGUGCCCCACGCCCGAGAGCUGGACUUCAACGAGUACCAAGCGGCCUUCCUCGUCUCCGCCGUGGGCGUGGCCGACAUCGGGGGCCGAGUCGCCUGCACCUGGCUGGUCACCUGCGGCCCCCUUCGCCUCUGCCACCACCUCACCCUUUGGACCUUCCUUUUGGGUGUUUCCGUCCUGGCCGUGCCCCUGGGGCGCAGCUACGGGGCCGUGCUCGCCAUCAGCGCCUGCUAUGGGUUCCUGGCGGGCGCCGUUCUCCCGCUCAGGGUCUCCACCCUGGUGGAAAUCGUGGGUCCCGGCUGGAUCAUGGGGGCCAUCGGGCUCAUCAACCUGAUGGAAAGUGCCGGGGCGCUGUCGGGGCCCCCCCUCUCAGGUUGGAUCCGGGACGUGAGCGGAAGCUACACGGCCUCCUUCCUGGCAGGGGGCUCCUUCCUCGUCGCUGGAAGCCUGGGACUUCUGCUCCUGCCCGGCUAUUUUUCCCUCCGUACCCCCAGCCCCCCCACGGAGAACCAGGAAGGGAGCAAACUGGAAGAUCCUUGGAAUCCAAGCCAGCAAAAUGGAGUUUGACGGAGAUCAACCCCAGACUGUUUCGUUUUGGAAAAGGGACCAGUCUCUCCAUCAACCUUCGCCUGGGACAUGUCAUAUCCCUGAUGUUUGGGGCAGGAAGGCAACAGGGUGGGGGAGGCUGUUUUGUCUUGCAAGGCCUCCCCAGCUAGGAAGGGACAGGAGCAAAAUAUCCAUCGGUUUGGUCCAAAUUAGGUAUACACUUCCAGAGUCGACUCUAAAGACAUCCCUUCUGGCAAAUGAGCCACCCUAGCCGCUUAGAGGGCCGUGAAAACUUGUGCCUUGGGCUUUUGAGACCCAUGUGCUAUCCGAAACCAAAGCAGCACAUUAGUUGUCAGAUGUGAAACACAUUGGCAUUUCUCCUACUCCACUAUUUUGGACUACAAAACCCAUCGGCCCCUGCCAGUACGAUUGUGCACGGGUUAUGGCUGAACAUCUGAAGCGCCCCAGUUUGGGUAGAAAGCUGCUGUUCUCGUGAGGUCUAGGCCGGGCAGCUCCCAAAUUCUUUUUUGCGCACCCCUCGGCAAUUGCUCGGUGACUUUGAAGCGCAUUUGAUGAGCUGUAUCGCGUGUGUUUUUAAUCACGGUGCCUACGUAACUCAUAAUUUAAUAAAAAAGAUAUAUAUGUGUAUAUAUUCUUCUGCAGUGCGGCCAUCGUCGAUAAAAGCAGCCUCUUCAUAUGCAAGUUAUUGAUCCCUUGAAAUGAAGUUUUAAGGGAGGAAUUAUUAGGCAGACGUAGUCUUAUGAAAAUGGCAGGCUUAUUUGAUAAUCCAGCCUUCGAACUCCAGCAUUGAUAAAAUAACAAUAAUAUAAUAAUCACCUGCAUGGGCAAAACAGAUAUUCUCAAAUCCGGUGAAACCUUUCCAGUUUGUGGGUUACUGUCUGAGAAACAGCCUCUCUCCCAGAUUUAAGAUAUGCAAAAAACAGGUGCUCACGACUGAAGUUCAGUUGUUAUGUCAAUGCUUGGGAAGGAAAGAUGUGUUUCUUUUAUUUUCUGUCUUCAUACCUGCGAACAUUUGCUUGUGAGGGGAGAAGGCAGCAGAGAGGGGACCGAGCCAAGAGUUCCCCGGGUCCUGGGAUCGCCAUCGUCCUUGCAGCAGCCGGGGCAGAAAGAGGGGAGGGCAGCGAAGACCCCGCUGGCGCAGAGGACGAAGGACCCUCCGACCAGGAACGAGGCGGUGAAGUCUCCCGUCAGGUCUCUCAGGAAACCUGGAGAGGAAGAGGAAGAUGGUAGAAGGCUGCCAGAUCUUGCUUUUGUCAACAACAAAUUGUCGCUGUUUUUUUGUGUUGAAUCUAUGGUAUGUGGUAAUUUAUGGACCUCAUAGGUAUCUAAAGCCAUUUGCACAUAACAAAAUAUGAAUGUUAUCAAAGUUUUUUCCCCCCCUUUACAUUUUUUGGGGCACCCCAAGAGAGCGGGGCCCUAAGCCAGGGGUCCCCAAUCACCUUCUAAAUCCGGCCCGCGGACGGUCCGGGAAUCAGCAUGUUUUUACAUGAGUAGAAUGUGUCCAUUUACAGUGGUACCUCGGUUUAUGAACACAAUUGGUUCCGGAAGUCUGUUCAUAAACUGAAGUGUUCAUAAACUGAAGCGAA